AUGGGUACAGACCGGACAGAGGGAUACCGACAGUCAGAUACAAACGAGUACGGGGGUACAGACAGAUACAAACGAGUACGGGUACAGACAGAUAUAAACGGGUACGGGCGUACAGACAGAUUCAAACGGAGCCUCGCUCGCAUCCCAUGUCACAUGUUCACAAACUUCCUCAACCAUGAUCCCGGGGAUGUACCAGAAUUACACCUCUUGCGGUGGUGGCUGCAAGAGACCCAGGACAAACGCACCUCCCGAUAG